AUGGACCCCAUCCUGGACGAUCGGACCCUAUCUGAUACUGGUAUGGCGCCUCCCGACAAUCCACAGCUGUCGACCGCUCAGGAGGAUGACAAUCUCGACCCAGCUCUUCAUGAGUCGCAGCAAAUCCCACCAGCGAGCGAGGAUGCUCUCUUCGUGCCAGAAGAGCCAUCUAUGGAUGCCCAUGCGGCCAUGGUGGAACAACAACGGAAGCUAGCCAUGCAGUUCCGCAUGCGGUUUCCCCCGCCGAAAUCUCGAGCACCAGCUGCUCAACAAGAAGCUACUGCGUCAGUCUUUAAUACAUCAGGACCAGCUGACGAAUCGGGGAUACCAACUACUGGCAAGGGCAAACGCGAUCCAGCAGUAACUCAGUUUGCGAAGCUCAAGGCCACGCAUACUAGGAAACAAAGAGCUGGAACGCUCUCAUUCGACGAGAACGUCGCCUUUCUGAGGGCUCAGGCCGAGGAAGAGGCCCGUCUCAGGAAACGAGAAGCGGACGAAGCCUUCGAGCGCGAGCUGACGCCCGGAGGCUCAUCAGAUUAUGACGACGACAUCCCCGAUCCUUUGGCUGUAGAUCAUGAUACUACGACGUACUCCAGCAUGUUUGCUGACGAUUCCGAUGGAGGAGAUGCGCCUACUAAGAAGCGUAAGUCUGCGGCCAAGGACUGUAAUCCGGCACCCAAGAAGAGAGGCCGAAAAGCCGCCGGUAGCGCUUUCGAUGAGCCAGACGAUGUACUCAAGCGUGCUCAAGCCCGUGCUGCUCGUGGUAAGAAGGCUGGCGCUGCCAAGACCAAGGGUCAGUCCAAGCGUGGAGCCAACACGACCAAUCUCGACUCGAUCAUGGGCACCAACAUUUUCGAGGAUACCGCCCAGACAAGAGGCUUGAGAGCCCCGCCAACUUUUGGCGACCAGGUACCGACUCGGCGUGCCAACGCUCUGCAGGCGUUGAUAGCCUCCGUACCAGUGGAGGACAGAAAGAUAGCGAGUAGCGACAAGCGAGCUCUAGAUGCAGCCAUCAGGGACUUCACUGGUCAGGCGAGCGUCAAGCCAGCUCCGGACGGUAAUUUCAGUGUCAAAGGCAUGCGGGCGACACUCAAGCCCUACCAGGUUAUAGGUACAGCAUUCAUGCGCCGACGAGAGAACGCCAGCGAUAAGCCUCUUGGGGGUAUCAUUGCGGAUGCCAUGGGUUUGGGAAAGACGGUCAUGAUGCUAGCUAACAUUGUGAGUACGAUUGGAGACCUUCAGUCAUCAUCUGAACAGUCAUCUUCUGAAGCAUGUGCUGACGACUUUCAGGUCAAUGGACGUCCCCGAGGUAAGGCCAAGUGCCGUGCGACUCUUAUCGUAGCCAGUCCUGCCUUGGUAUCUCAGUGGUAUCAAGAGAUCCUGAGGCACACCAUCCCCAAGCGCGAGAACAGACAGCAUGGCAUGGGUCGUGUUUUGCGGCAUCAUGCUGGCUAUCGUGUGAACUCCAAUGAUGCCCUGGAACUCCUAGGUAGUGCAGAUAUCGUGCUAACGACCUACCAUGAGGUCUGCAGGAGCUAUCCUAAGGCAGUCAUACCACCCCAUCUAACGACUGCUGCGCAGAAAGAUGUCUUCUGGAAGGAGAAGUACGAACGGGACCGUGGCGACCUACACCGGAUCAAAUGGCUGAGAGUUGUUCUGGACGAAGCACAGGCGAUCAAGAACCACCUCGGGCAUACCAGUAUGGCUUGCCGUGCGCUCGAAGUCAAACACCCUUGGCUCGUUACAGGAACGCCUUUGCAAAAUUCGGUAAAAGAACUUUAUGCAUACUUCCGUUUCCUCAAGCAGGCAGACAUUGGAUCUUACCGGCUGUUCUGCGCCAACUUUUGCUCCCCUGACGACCCUGAUGGGACCAGGAAACUCGCGGUCUUCCUCAAUAAGAUCAUGAUCCGUCGUACGCAUCUGGAUACACUCUUCAAUGCGAGGUUGCUGGAUCUCCCUCAACCAACAGAGCAUACGCUGUGGCUUGAGUUCUCGGACGUGGAGCGUCAGAUCUACGAGAUCGUGAAACGCCGCUUUGUGGAAAGAAUCAACACGAUCGCAAGGCAGGGUCAUCUUGAGAAACAAUUUAAUCAUAUAUGGACCAUGAUCUUGAGGUUACGGCAGAUCUGUGCUCAUAUCCUCCUCAUACAGAGCACAAUCCAAGACCUCCUCACGCGAGAGGAUUUCGAGAAAUUGAACUCCAUUACCUGCGCCAACGAAGACGAGUUCUCGGACGACGGCGCCCUCGUUCUGAUCCACCUUCGUGCCAUACUCAAGAAGCACAAGGGCGCCAGAACCGUCGAAGGCGGCUUACAGGGAGCAGUCAUUGGAGAGACUGAGACCGUUCCCAUGGAUGUGUUGUACGCCGAGAAUGAGGAUCCAAGUGGUCUGGUCGGCGGCAAACAUGGCCAAUCGUUUCGGUUUCGCAAGUACAUGAGAUCUCUCGAGGCUCCCGAGCAGUGGGGGGCUAUUAAGGAGAGGAGCACAUGUGCGGGAUGUCGCCAGGCGCCUGAGGAUGCGCAGCUGACUUCCUGUAACCACAUCUACUGCAAGAAGUGCUUGCAAGACUUGCAGCACCACGCCGCACGCCGUGGCCAUGAUCAAGCCCGUUGCGCGGAAUGUGGAGAGGCGUAUACGUCUACCAAGCCAUGUCAGGACUUCACGACGGCUCAGCAGCGCGAUAGCACUGGUAACGGCUCAUCGAUGCCGUCUGCGUCCCCGCCAAAGAAAGGCAAAGACGAUGAGUUGGAGGACUGGAUAAACAUGCGUGGCGAGGUGCUGCCAUCCGCGAAGACGAUGGCCGCCAAGGCGCAGAUACUGAACUGGAUGGAAGAGGCGCCGGACGCUAAGAUCAUAGUCUUCACCCAAUUUCUGCCUAUGGUUCGAAUCGUCUCCAAGAUGUGCAACACAGAAGGAUGGGGCUGGCUGAAAUAUACGGGUGAGAUGUCUCAUGAUGCCAAGGAGAAAGCCAUCUCCGCAUUCGAGCAGGAUGACUCCAAGAAGAUACUGAUCGCUUCUCUGAGGAGCGGUGGUUUGGGCUUGAAUCUCACCAUGGCACGCUUCGUGCUCUGUCUGGGUCUGGUCGUCAAGAACACAAUUGACGCCGCCAUGGUGGCAAUGAAGGAGAGGAAGCAGGUGGAGAUUGACGAGAUCAUGGAGGAUCCGAAGCGAAACGAGCGCCCAACGAGCGCCCAACUGAUGAAGUUGUUUGGCCCAGUCGGUGAAGAAGACGGCCAUCCCUUCAUCUUCCCCAAUGGUGAGGAUGAAGAUAAUGCGCAUCUGAGGGUACCUAACGUCGACAAGGAAGACGAGACGAGGGAGCUGGGCAAUGAGGAGUAA